GGCAGUGCUGCAUAUACUUCUUCAUCAUCUACUGCAUCUCCGGCACUUGAAAAGCGCGAAGAAUCCGCAGGCACAUCCACACUCCUUUCGCAAAGUCAUUCCAGGCGCAGCAGUCUCCGGUGUCGCUCUCAAUCUAAAGAUCACGCUUCAUUUGUAGAGUCUUCUGAGAUCAAACGUGUCAAGAAACCCAAAGAGAGCUUCUUGGCCACGUUCUUUCGCAAGCUCUUCUGCUGCCUCGGAGCCGAUUCCCGAGCUCAUGACAUCGACGUCGAUGGUGUGGCAAGCGUUGGGUCGGGUCCUACUUUACUGGCUCACAAGACCGCGGACAAUGCUGUGAAGCAAUUUUCUGAAAAAGCACCGGUCGCAUCGGUAGUUCCGGUCGCAUCCUCAGGUCAACCUGCUGUACCUCUUAAGGACUUGCUAGAGACUGCGGGCGCUACCAGUAGGGCCGUACAACUGCCAGGUUCUUCUGUUCCUGGUCAAGUAUUAAAGACCUCUGCAAGUCGCCCGUCCGAACAUGGUAACGAGUCGGAUGAUGUUUCGUUUGAUGAGUUAAGCGAGGAAGAUGAAAUGCUGAUCAGGAAUGGGGGUGCAGGCAUUCCCAUGGGCUCUGACGGAAAGUCAUGGCCACUUCUCCCACCCAUCGCGCCUAAACAUGUUGGCAAGAAGUGUUUAGUGCUUGACCUGGACCAGACCCUCGUCCAUAUUAACAUCAUGCCCAUACCAGAUCCAGACUUUGUCGUUCCUGUCCAAAUUGAGCAUCAAUGGCACAACAUGUAUGUACAGAAGCGACCAGGAGUAGACGAGUUUCUUCGACAGAUGGGUGAGCUGUACGAAGUAGUAGUGUACACCGCAAGUCUGGGUUCCUAUGCAGAUCCGGUGAUGGACCAUCUCGAUAUCUACAAUGCCGUUUCGCAUAGGCUU